AUGGCCAAGAACAAGAAGAAGGGCAACAACAGUAACAAUAAAUCAAAGUCUGCUGGUUCAGCAAAAGAUGUCAAGGCUACAGAGCCAGUCCAAGAAGUGGUUCCUGAAAAUGAUGGCGCUAAAGCUGUCGCGGUACCGGAUGAUUCUCUAGAAAACUCUGAUGGUGCUGACCAGUCAACUGUGGAAGCGGUUGUUACUGUGAAAACAGAUGACAAGCCAUCGAAACCUGAACCAGAGGAACAGCAAUCACACGAAGCCACAACAAACUCUAAUGCAGAGGCAGAACCGCACAGUGAUUCUGAGGAGAACGAUCUACAGCGUGUUAAAGAGGAAAGAGAUCAGUACGAAUUGAAGUAUAACACUCUUUUGAGUAAAAUCUCAUCUAUGAAGACCGUGUUCAGUCAAAUGAAGCAAGCUCAACAGGAACUGGAAAACACUCGUGAGCAGUUGAAUGAGUAUGAGAAUCAGAAUAUAAAUUUAAAACAGAAGCUAAAAUCUGCUGAUUCAGAAAUCCAAGAGGACAAGCAAACCAUUUCUAUUUUGAAUGAUGAAAUCGUCAAUCUCAAUAAAGAAUGUGAAAAUUUGAGUAAUGAAUGUUCAGAAUUCAAGUCCAAAAUCAAAGAAUUGGAAUCUAAGUUGAACGAGGCAUCUAACGAGGAGUCUAACAUUACUUCUUGUCUUAAAUCUGAAGUCAAAAGCUUAAAAUCUCAGAUCGAUAAUUUAGAAAUUAUCAUCAACAAUGAGGCACAAGAUAAAAGAGAUUUAGAAGAGCAGAUAGCUGACUACAAACAGCAAUUAGAACAAAGUGAUGAAACUAAGAAACAGCUUGAUAAUAUAAUGUCAAAUUUAGAAAAGCAAAUAAAUGAUAACAACACUACUAUUGAGACUCUAACCAAACAACGGACAACAGAAGUCAACCAAUUCACCGAGGAAAUAGCACAAUUAACGAAAAAUAAUGAAGAAAAAGCUACCGAAAUCAAUAGUUUGAGGGCAAAAGUAGCGUCCAUGAGUGAAGAUGUAGCAUUAAAGGAGAAAUUUGAACGAGAGGUGAAAGAAAGAGUUCUACAGAUAGGAAAACUACGCCACGAGGCUAUCAUAUUAAAUGAACAUCUAACAAAAGCAUUAGCGAUGCUAAAGCAAAACAAUGAUUCUGAAAGUGUCGACAAAGAGUUGAUAUCUAACCUUUUCAUCUCAUUUGUUACUAUCCCAAGAGGUGAUCCAAAGAAAUUUGAAGUCUUGGAAUUAAUUUCAAGUUUCCUUAACUGGGACACCGAUAAAAAGACUCAAGCUGGUCUCAUUCAGAAUAUGAGCAAUACAAACUCCGAAUCGCGAACCCAGAAUUUCGUUUCUCUCUGGACUGAAUUCCUAGAAAAGGAAAGCGAGAAGUGA